AGAAUGAGUGGUUCAAACCCGGUUACCGGGGAAGACACCCGAGUUUUUUUGGGCACAGAUGCCCGUGGGAAGUUCUGAGAAUGGCCUGGUGGAAUUCUCCAAUGUCCUGCCCUCAUCUUUGCCGAGCAAAAGUGCGCGGGGCAGCAAUCGAGAACCUCGGGGAUCUCGCGGGGGAUCUCGAUCUCCAGGACAUGGGAGCUUGGAGGAUCGCAACUUGACACCUGACCUUCCAGGUUCUUGUGAUCCAGGUCCAGAACAGGAGGAUGGUGCCAAGACAUGUGACCAAAGGCAUAGCAUACAGUCGCGACAGUCGCGUUUGGUGCCAAUUCAGAACGAUGAAGUGGCAGGAAGCACAGGAAGCAAGCCGUCUGCGUUGGCAGAUUCCCAUCAGGAACCAGAGACAGGAAGGAAACGGAAUGUUAUGGCAUCGCAGGCUUCGAGUGCGAAUGUGUUCGCAGUGGCAAAGGUCGCCCUGAGCCACACCAGCAAAGCUUGUGACAAGUUGGGAUUUGGGGAUGCGGUUGAACCUGUGAUGCAGUUGUACUUAAACGACUGCUGCUCUGAUGGACCUUCUGCUUGGGUGCGGGGAGCCAGAACUGCAGGCUUUGUUCUCAGCCUUCUCUUCUUUCUACCGCUUUUAUCCUUUGUUCCCUUGCUAAUACCUUUUUCAGCACCACAUGAAGGUUUUGCAAGCAAUUGGACCUUCAAUUUCGUGGCCCAUCCUAUCCUGAACUAUGUGUGCGCACGUGCAUCGCUAGAGCUGCUCGCAAGGGCCAUUGAGCCUCAGGAAAGGCACCGGGUACGUUUGAUUGUUCGCUGGAUUCCCCUAGUGAACUGCACUGUUUGCCUUUUGAUCCACGGCACUGCGAGCCUCUUUGGCAUCUUUCCGCUGCCCUUUUCAGCUUUGACGAGUUGCAUUCCAGGCAUUCUGUCAGCAUCGUUUCUGGCCAAACAAUUGACGCCAACAGAUUUGCUGACACAUGACUUUCGGCAAUUUGCCAAGUUUGUGCUAUUGAUGUGGACACUCUGGAUGCUGCAAUUCCUGAUUCUGACAGGUUAUCUACUGUCAUUUCCGCUUCUCCCUCCGUUCCACCAAGUGCUGCUCAGUUUUGCAGUGACUAGCAUUUUGAGUGGCUUCGGCUUCCUCAUAGAAAUGCUUGCCGUGUGGAUUGGUGUGCCAAAGUACUAUGCUACCGAAUUGAAACCAAUGAUAUACUUCAUCUCCUUUUUGUUCACGGCCGCGCUUUUCUCGUCAGCCAAAUCUGUGUGGGUCUUCGUGAUCAUGCUGGUGCAAGACGCAGGAAAAGCUCUGGCUAUACUUAGCAAGACCUGGAUCUUCCUCAGCAAUUACUUUGUGAGACCAGUGGGCGGUGAUGAGGAGAAUACUGUUGGCAAGACCAAGAGUCUAACUCAGAAUGGGCGGUGCCUUAGGUUCUGGUCCAUGAUCGAGACAAAGGUUUGCAGCAUCAGGGAAACCGGAGGGAGGUUGCAACACAUCUUAGUCGAAUUUCAGGUGCACACACGUGAGAGUCUUCAGCAUGCAACUAUCACAGCUGCAGAUGCACGACUGUUGGACAAUUUUGCGCGCUUCUUGGUUUUGUUCACCAUGGUAGAAGUGUGUGAAGUUCUUGUGCCACUGCUCUACAUCAUCGUCGCCACCUUGCUUCAUAUCCCUGAAGUUGGGCAAAACCGUCAGUACUUGUACGUCUUCAAAGACAUGAACUUUGGAGAUGCACUUCGCGGCAAUUUUGUAGCCUUUCUCAUAGAAAGCUCCGUGUUUCUUCUGACCCAAGUUGUUCUUCUUAGAACACUUGGCUUCAAUCUCUGGUAUUUUGCAGGAAAUGUGCUGAAUCUGGACUUUUGGUACUGGACAUUUGCUUUUUCCACCUGCUGCGUAUCAUGGACUACUGUGUUGAUAGCUCACGCUGGACACGAUCUUGAGUUGUUCCGGUCUUUGUUUUCUUUUUGACACCAUAGCAAGUGCUACCGACAACGGGUAGUUCAUUUUUUUGGUGCUACGGGGCGCCGCGGUUUAAAAGCAUGCUGCAAAGAUGGC